AUGGGGAGUUUCAUCGCGGUCUUCUGGGCGAUGACCCUCCCUUGGGUACAAGGAAGCUCUUCUCAGUGCAAGAGUCAGGGAUUGUCACUGCUUGCGCAUAGGACUGGCCGGAAGUCGAGAUAUUGCCCCAUGCAUUUCGAGUGCAUGUGGUGGAACUCCCCCUAUCUCCUGCAGAGCAACAGCACCACAGACGUGGAGUCUUUGGAGAACACGAACACGGCCCUCGGUGACAUCAGCUGUGCCACUGGGGGUUGUGGCGAUCAGCUUCCCAAAGGGCCGGAGGCUUGUAUGGACUUCUUCGGUGGUUGCACUCCUCCAUUCCAAGGCGGGAAUUGCUUCUAUGCCAACGCGCAAAUGAAGACUCUGGAUGGUGAGGAUUGCGCAGGCUGUGGCUACUAUGUGUGCCACUGCAAGAAUCUAUCUCAAGACCGGUGUACUGAAGAAUCCCUCGGCUGGGACUACACGCUCCUAUCUCGCUCGACCCUUUUCAUGGAGAAGAGCUGGGAGCUGGUCGGUGGUGAAGGCAACCAUGCCUGCCGCGGAGACAACAGCACCGACAACCGGGCGACGCUUUAUACUGUCUACAACAAAAUCUAUUCACUCUAUGGCUGCAAGAAGAUGUGCGAAAAGCGCUGGCCAACUGCCUGUCACGGCAUCGAAUACAGCUACGGACGCUGCGAGAUUUGGGUCCGCCAUGGCGGGCUCUUCGCUUAUCAGGAGAUCCCGCGAGAGAAGGGCAACUACACUUGCAUGCGAUAUGGCUGGCCCACGUCCAAACUCGUUCCCCUCGAUCCAUCUGGUGAGACGCUUCACCCUUGCCGAGCCAGUGGCGGACGCAACCACCCCAGCUUUUACACCCUAGCCCACAAGGCCACCCCGACCAGCUAUCGAGACAUCGAGGAGUGCAAAGCAGCUUGCUCCAACGCCUGGUUCUGCACCGGGAUCGAGUGGUCCUUGGGGCGCUGUGAGAUUUGGACUGUCUUGAUCGAGUCCUUCGAGAGGAACGUGACGGGACGGCUAGCAGAACCAUCGCGACGCUCCGACCCGGGGCGACGGCUCCGCAACGAAAGGAUUCGCGGCCUUACACCGCCCAAGACCUCGUGGCGGUCGUCGAGCGGAACCUGUCGGAGCCGGGCGUACUCGGACGACCCCGAAGCCAAGGUGACCAUGAGGAGUUGCGGCUCUCGGCCCGGAGCCAGUCGCACAGCCACGGAGUUCGGAAGUUGCGGAGUUGCUGGGACGAAGGAGGGAGCCUGCGGCCUUGGAGCCAAGGGAGUCUCGGGCCCUGGGCCCGGCAGCCGGGCCUCCUCCAAGGGCCAUUCGCCCUCGCCGCGGCCCGGGAGCCGUUCCUCCUCGAAGUUGAGCGCCCGAAAUGGUUCGCGCAGCCCGGGGCCCAGUGGUCCAAACAGCCGUUCCUCUUCGAAGCUGGUGUUAAGCGCUCGGAAGAUGAGUUCAACUUCUUCAGCCUUGGCCUUGAAUGAGAAGCCUGGCAGGCGGUCCUCGAAGCCCAGCCGGCGCACCUCUCGCGCCUCGCGCCGCUCCUCGCGCGCCGACUCGCAUGCCAGCGGCAUCAGCGGGGUGAGCGAGGAAACCAAUGCGUUGAACCCAAAGGAUCGACACAUGUCGGCGGGCGUUUGUGCCGGCUUGGACCUCUCAAUCUUCGAACAACGCAAGAGCCGUCCGGAGACGCCUUUGCCGCCCCAGACGCCUUUAUCACCCUUGUCACAGCUGAUGGCGGUGGAGACGCGGCCCUUGGUGGACGAGCGGCGGCCGUCGGAGGCCAAGUCCGUGAAGUCCUCCAAGUCCAACAAGUCACGACGCCCCAGCGACGCCAAGAGCGAUGCCAAGUCCGUCCAUAGCAGCGGCGAGGACACGCCACGGUCGACGACCUCCACAAAGUCCAAGCCCACAAAGCAGCUGCCUGCGGAGCCUGCGCAGCCGCCGAGCACCAAGAGCAUUUUCAAGGCCCACAUGGAAGCCAAGGCCAAAGAGGCCUUCCAGAAGCGCAACAAAGGAGGCACCUCGAGCUUUACAGAUUUGGACCCACCUGCCCUGCCCGGGCAUCAGCUGCUGCCGCCGAGCGUCCGGGUCUUGGACGUCCCAACGGCCAUGGAUUUCUUCGAUCAUCACGACAAGGUGCGCGCGUAUGGAAACACAGGCUUGCUGGACAAGAAAGCUUUUGCGGAGAUGCUCUUUGCCAUUGCCCAGGGCAAGGAUGCCAUGUCGGAAGAGUGGAGUAAUGCCAUCUUCGAGGCAUUGGAUUUUCAGGGCUUGGGAGUGCUAGACCAGGAGCAGUUCUUGGGAUGGGCCUUUUGCACACCAAACAACUACCACAGCAACAUCCGUCUAAGAUUUCAGCAAGUGGUGAAGGAACACCAGCUCAGAGAGCUUUUAGAGGCCCUGGUCAUUGGCAACGGUUUGCGCACGCUCAACCAGCUCUCAGUGGGCAAAGAGGAACUGUGGUUCCUCGUGGACACCUGCCGCGUGCCCUUGAGCCGCUUCAGCGCCGACGAGCUCCACAGCUACCUGGCCAACGGUGCCGAAGGCGUCGACCCCAGUGAGUUCCUGAAUUGGCUCUUCCCUGGGCGAGAGCUUCGGGAGCUUCGUCAGAAGGUGGAUCAUUUGCGGCAGCAACAGCCGGAGGAAUCGGAGGAGGAGAACGAGGAGGAGCCAGUGGUGUUGCAAAAGUCUGACGUCUUCCGUGCUCCGCGUCGACCACUUUGGGAGCAUGGACUUCAGCGCCCGAUCAUCGUGGAGUUCAGGGUGGCCCACGCCUUCAUGCCCAAGAUCAACUACAUUGAGGAGAACCUCGAUGGCUUCUCGGAGCUCCGCCUCGAGGUGAAUGUGGUCAUUGAUGAAAGCUUGCGGAACAGCUGCGGGCAUGUGGUGAUAAAGACUGGCCGCGACAUGAUUAUUUGGGACACCGGCACCAUGACGCCUUACAGGGAGGAUCCUUUCGUCACCAAGGCCAGCAGCUGGAACUGGCUGAAGAGCUAUCUCUUGAUCUUCGCGCCGGAUGCGAACAUGGCCGCUCAAGUGGGCCACCUCAAGAAGCAAAAGCGCCGCCUGAAGCGCGCGGCCGCCCGCGCGGCGGCGGCGCGGCGGGCCAGCCGCGCAUCGCGGCACUCCAGUCAUCGCGCUUCCUCUCACGCAAGUGGAGACGAGCAUCCUGGACAUCAUGAGCACCUGCAGCAAUGA